UUAAUAAAUUAAGAUUAUUUCUGAAUCAUUUUAGAUAGGAAUGUCAUAACACGAUGAAUCAUCAACUCGUACUUGUGGCAGCAUGUGUUCUGCUGCCUUUGCUGACACGAAGUUCGAGUACCUUCCUGGAUUUUGAUGGCAGAAAUUCGAAUGAUUUGUGUUUUAUCUGCACUUGCAAUGAUGAUAGAACUACUAUCGACUGUUCUAGAAGAGGACUCACUGAAAUACCGGACGGAUCUGGUGACAUGGUACAGAAACUGAAUAUUUCAAAGAAUGAAAUAUCGGUUUUUCCUACAAGUCUAAGCAGAUUUUAUAACUUGGUUACCCUUGAUAUCAGUUCGAAUCAGCUGAGAGAUUUGCCAGAAAAUGCGUUUCAUAAUCUUACAAAAUUAGAAUCGCUAAAUUUAUCCAGCAAUGAAUUCGAAGAAUGGUUUAACUUGAACCCAAAUGACUUCAUCAAACAGGCAGUGAACUUGAAAAUAUUGGAUUUAUCGCAUAAUAAAUUUAGGAAACUCGGAAAUUUGGCCAAUCAAGAAUUAUUGAUAAGUUCUUCAUUGGAAACAUUAGUCUUGAACGAUUGUGAAAUCGAAUCCAUACACGGCAGAUCUCCAUUGAGUGGACUUGACAACCUUAGAGUGCUAAAAUUGAACAACAAUCCUUUGUUAAGAAUUCAAGGCAUGGUAUCAACUACUUUGAAAAGUCUUUACCUGAGUAAUUGCCUACUCACUACGAUUGGUCAUAACGAUCUGUUAUACUUACCAUCUUUAAUAUAUUUGAGAUUAUCACGAAACUUUAGAUUAGAUCUAUCAACAGCUAGCACAAAUUUGUUUUCAGAUUCCAUUAGAUACUUAGAUAUUUCAUAUUGUAACAUUCUGCAGCCCAGCCUACAGGGAUUCCCUAAUUUAAGAAAAGUUUUAAUCAAUCACAAUAUGAUUAGGUACUUACGAAGUAAUGAAUUCAUAAAUAAUAGUAAGCUCGAACAUUUGGACUUGUCGUAUAAUAAUAUUGGGUCGCUAAGUUCGGACACCUUCAAAGGACUCAGCAUAUUGAAAUAUUUGGACUUAUCGUGGAAUGAAAUUGCGAAUGUACCUGAAGAUAGUUUAUUAGAUAUGCCAGCACUGACGUACAUAAAUCUUUCGAGAAAUUAUCUGACAAGAGUUGGACAUUUGAGAUCUCUAUCCUUGAACACGGUGGACAUGAGUCAAUGCGAAAUUACUACCAUAGGAAAGGAUUCCUUUGAAGGCUUACAAUCACUAGUCGAUAUUAAUCUCUCUCGCAACUUAUUGUCACAUAUUCCUGAUAGUAUUUCGUCAAAUACACUCCAAUAUUUAAAUUUGAACUACAAUCGAAUGAGUACCAUAAGCAACUACACAUUUUUUAUGUUACCAAGGUUAACGGGAUUAGGUGUUAUUGGAAAUAGAUUCACUGUUAUUUGGAACAGGGAUUAUUUCCAGUCAAAUCCUUAUUUAGAGCGGUUGGAUCUUAGUGACAAUAUGUGGCGCUGUGAUUGCAGUGAUGAUAACAUGUAUGAUUUUUUCGAGUUUGUAACCUUGGAGCCUAAUAAAAAAGAGGAAUCUUAUAAUUUAAUCUGUAAUAGUCCGGCCAGCGUUAUUGGACGGACUUGGUUGGAAGCAUGCUACUAUACAUGGAAUCCCACCGAAAAAGGGUCUAGUCCGGAUAACGUCAUCUGGUUUAUUAUUGUUAUGAUUAUAGGUUUAGCUUUGUGUCUUAUCUUAGUUAAUGCUAUCAAACGAUCUAUGAAACGUCGUAUGGCGUCCAUACAAGCUGAGCGGGAAAGACAAGUGGAAGAAGCAAGAGAGAGGCUAAGACAGCUGCGGAUGAGAGCGGAGCAGGAGGCACUUUGCAAUGCUCCGGACCCUCGGGACUUGGUCGCCCCACCAUCAUAUGACGAAGCUCUCUCAAUGCCAAAAUUAAACGCGUCUUGUCGUUCUCUUUGCGAAGUUGGAACUGAGAAAAGUAAAAGGAAGAGAGGGCGCAGAAAAACAAAAUCAAGCGGAGACUUGCUCGAAGAGACUGAACGAAAUGGAGAUGUGACAAUUCUGAAUGAUUUGGGUCGUAGUCAGACACCUGACAACAGUCGCAGGCGUAGUCGACGCAGGCGACCAGCUAGGUACGGUAGUCAUGAAAUAACUGAACUAGAACAUUCACCCGGGGCUCGGCGCCGACGUAUGUCCGCGUUCGGCGGUGACGGUGCCGACGGUGACACAGAAGACAGUAUCACUGUAGAAGUGGAAGCAGAUGUGGAGAGGCCCCUGCGACCUAGAAACCGAAGUCAUUCUAUUGACGACGACGAACCAAGGGAGAGUAAUUUUUAAAAUGUCCUAGUAGUAUAAUUGUUAUUUAAAUUAUAUACAUAUUAAGUUACAAAUAACACUAAAGGCAAGAGUACCUGAAAUAUUUGUCAUUUUUCUGCAGAGACAUAGGAUGUUUUAUGUCUAAAAACGUAAAAAAACCUGGUUCUUCCGUAGAAAACAUUCACAUUUUAAUAUAAUUUAAAAUUUAUGACACCACCGAUUUUUGUUGCCAUGACUUAAUACGGUUGUUUGAAUGAUCGGUACAAAUUAUAUUUCGUCACAUACCUACACAUUCAUGUCGCAGAGUACCUAUGGCUAAGUUAGCACCUUAUUUAUUUUAGUAGUUUUAUUUUAUUUUAUUUAUUAAGUACAGCAUCGUAGUUAUACAGUACUUAGAUACAUAAAAAAUAUCUAGACCUCCGACAAUAUCUAACCUCUAUCCAUAAUAUCCACCUGUAAUAUGAAGUCACCAUAAUAAUUAUGAAGGGUACUCUUGCCUUAGUUGUAAACCAGUGUUAUUGAAUUAAGUAAGACAAAAGGGGACGAAGUGAUCGCUUCUCCAUACAAAUUUAAUCUUCCCCGUUUUCCUUUCUGGGUUUAAGAAAAUAUUUUGACGCAACUUGGUAGGUACAUAUAAUCCACAAGUGUGCCCUUUCGUUAGAUUUUUUUUAUGAGAGUUUGGAGCUUUAAAAAAUUACUAUGGACUUUAUUUUUCGCUCCUAACACUUAUACCAAAAAGAAUAGAUAGUAAGUUAUAUGUAUCUCUGCUUAUACUUAAUACAUAGUUAUAAUCCCGUAAUCAAAAAACUGAUAAAAGUCAAACGAAAGGGCAUAGCUAUGGUUAAUAUACCUACAGUAAAAAAAAUUGUAAUUGUGUAAAGAUAUUGUCCUUAAUGUACUUAAGUACAUUCCAUAUUAUUUUUUGGAAGGAAAAUGGAGCUUACGUUUAUAUGGAGAAAGUUUGUUCGUCCACUAUACUCUUAAGACUUUUUUGCAGCAGUGAUUAUC